CAACUUGUCAUCGGCUCCAGGAUCAGGAGAUACGCUGCUGCAGAUUCCUUAUCCUUCCGCAUCCUCUCGUCCCUCGUCUUCUGCUGACCCUUCGAGACAGUUAGGCAAAGGCCCCGGGACGGAUGGCUGUCUUGGGUUGGCCUCUGUUGCUGGCUGCGCUCUGCAGCCCCGUGCAGCUCCUGAGGACCACAGCCAUGGUGCUGGACAAUGAGGUCCCAUUAGGACAGGCUGCCUGGCUGCCAGAAGGCAGGGUCACUCCGGUCCAUCUGCCCGAGGACUGUCCCCGGAGGUUCUACUUCAAGCUGCAGAAAGGAACCUCCCGCCUGUCCGUGACUGUCAUUCCCUGUGAUGUGCCCAUCGAAUGGAGCCUGACCGCCACCGUGCUGGAGGACAAACUCAUGAAACCUCAUUGGACCACCAAGAAGAGCGCGCCUGAGAUUUGGUGGCGACAUCCUGGAAAGGCUGUGAAGAUGCAUUCCAACGUAGGCAAUGCGGUGGACACUUACACCGGCCCAGCUGGUGCACCCGACUCCGUUUACAUCGUCAAGCUGCAGUCCAGGGAACAGGACACCAGGGUGUCCGUGUACCUGCAGGAGGGUCGGGGACCCCUGGAGGUUUUCCCAGAGCUACCGGCAGACUCCCACGUCCAUGUCAUGGGGGUGGGAAUGAGUAGCGUAACCCUUCGUUGGGCACCGACCCCCUCAAUCCUGAGACUGGAGUCCGGUAGGACAGGGUACCACUACUGUGUGCUGGUCAACCGUAGGCACAACUACAGGGGCUUGUGUGCUGCCCUGGAGGCCAUGAGGAGGGAGAGGAAAAUGGAAAAGAAGAACCAGCAGGGGGCUAUGUCAUGGCCUGUGCUCAAAGGGAGGCAGCGGAAGCAGCGAGGAUCCCUCCCCGAGGAUGAUGGGCUCCCCACCUUCUCAGUGGAGAACACCAUGAGGUCACCGUGUGUUUGCCGAAGCAAGGAGAAUGUAUGCACGGCAUCUGAGCUGGAGCCCAACAAGCGCUAUUACUUUGAUGUGUUUGUGAUCGACGAGCCUAAUGGUACCAGCAUGGCGUAUGCGGGCACGUCUGCUCGUACACACCCGGAGGCCAAGUCCCUUGCUGGGGUGUCCAUCAGACUACGGGAGGGUGAACCCAGAGAGGUGGUUCUUCGGAGCAGCGGCCCGAAGAGCAGCCGGCUCCUCAGCUUCCGGCCACGAGGCUGGCCGCCAAGGGCUCUUCUCACCCUACGGGGCUGCGGCACCCAGCAGGUCAAACUCACGGUCUCCAGUCGGGGGAAGGUCCUGGCAGCCCGGACAGUUGCUGAAGAUCUGGCGCAGGUUUGGCUUCAGGGAAGCCCCUCCUACUUUGUGCGCCUGGAGAACACGGCCCCCAACGAGUCCGCCGUGGUGGAGAUACAGGCCUCCUCCACUUACCACCGCCAGGCAGUCCCCGUCCUCCCAGCCACGCUCAAGGUGAGGUCCUUCAAGAAGCUGCGGACCUGCAGCUCCGUCACCCUGGCCUGGCACGGCACGGAGGAGAGGAACCUGUACUGCGUUUACCACCGGCGGCUUGGGGACAGACAGCAGACGAACCGCGAAAGGUGUCGGACCCCGGAGUCCCACAGUGACACCGAGCGGGCUGUCUGCAAGUACUUCCAGGAGCUCAACCCUCAGAGAACAGUCACCACAGCUACUGUCAGCGGACUGGAACCUGGAACUGCCUACGUGUUUGACGUGUACAUGAUGAGGCGCUUUGGGAUUGCAGUCAGAUACCACAGGAAGACAGUGCACACUAGAAAGGACUGCUGAAGCCUCCUGUCGCCCACUUCCAACUUGCGAUUCGUUCCGUAUUGUAAUAUCGGACUGCGCGAACGGAGCUCAGGGUGAGACUUUUUAUUAGGGAUCCUUUUCAAAUCUGGCAGUUGCAUCAUCAAAGAUGUCCCAUUUGCCUCACAUGCAAGGGACAUUUUUGUCAUCGCCAAUAAAAAGCAUUCCAUACCUGUUUCAGAAGACUGAAUGGAGGAGUACAAAAUGAUGCCGUGUAAUUCACGGGUGUCCUCAGUCUUUACCCAUACAAUAUAAGCGAAA